GCUCGCCUCUGAUCUGGGGGGCGGAGUGUCCGCGGAGUGCUGCGCCGAUUGGGGCGCCCGCUUGGAGGAAGAGAGAUGGCGUGCUUGUUGGAGGCCCCUCUCCGCAUCAGUGUGCUGUCUGAAGUCACUGCCACCAGUCGCCAUUAUGUUGACCGACUGUUCGACCCUGACCCACAGAAAGUGCUGCAGGGAGUCAUCGACAUGAAGAAUGCUGUCAUAGGAAACAACAAGCAGAAGGCGAAUCUCAUCGUCCUCGGAGCUGUACCGAGGCUACUUUACCUGCUUCAGCAAAGCUCAUCGAGCCAGCAGCUGAGGACAGAGUGUGCUGUGGUGCUGGGCAGUCUAGCCAUGGGCACUGAGAACAACAUCAAGUCCUUGGUGGACUGUCACAUCAUCCCCACUCUGCUUCAAGGUCUCUUGUGUCCAGAUCUGAUCUUCACUGAAGCCUGUCUUCGAUGUCUACGGACUGUCUUCAUUAGUCCAGUUACCCCUGUGCAGCUGCUGUAUACAGAUCCCACUGUGAUUCCCCAUCUGAUGUCUCUACUAAGCAACUCCCAGAGAACUCAGGAGUACAUCACGCAGAUCUUUUCCCACUGUUGUAAGACCCCAGAGCACCAGACGGUUCUUUUCAACCAUGGCGCCAUCCAGAACAUCGCCCCUCUGCUUAUCUCAGCCUCUUAUAAGGUCCGGAUGCAAGCGUUAAAGUGUUUCUCGGUCCUGGCCUAUGAGAACACUCAGGUCUCCAUGACACUGGUGAAUGUGCUGGUGGAUGGUGAGCAGCUCACUCAGGUAUUUGUUAAAAUGAUGCAAAGGGAUCAACCCGUUGAAAUGCAGCUAACAGCAGCCAAAUGUCUGACCUACAUGUGUCGAGCGGGCGCCAUCAGGACAGACGACAGCUGCGUAGUACUAAAGACGUUGCCCUGCCUGGUGCGCAUGUGCAGUAAAGAGCAUCUGCUCGAGGAGAGGGUGGAGGGCGCAGAGACCCUGGCUUACCUGAUGGAGCCUGACGUGGAGCUGCAGAGGAUCGCGAGCACCACCGACCACCUGGUGGCCAUGCUGGCGGACUACUUCAAGUACCCCAGCUCCGUGUCGGCCAUCACUGACAUCAAGAGGCUGGACCAUGACCUUAAACAUGCACAUGAGCUGAGACAAGCUGCUUUCAAGCUCUACGCCUCCCUGGGCUCAAAUGACGAGGACAUCCGCAAAAAGAUCACAGAGACAGAAAAUAUGAUGGACCGAAUAGUUAGCGGCCUAUCAGAAUCCAGCAUUAAAGUGCGGUUGGCAGCAGUGAGAUGUCUUCAUAGUCUUUCGCGGUCAGUGCAGCAGCUGAGGACCAGCUUUCAUGACCAUGCUGUGUGGAAACCCCUCAUGAAGCUGCUGCAGAACGCCCCAGAUGAAGUCCUGGUCAUGGCUUCCUCAACACUAUGCAACCUGCUGCUGGAGUUCUCGCCAAGUAAAGAGCCCAUCCUGGAGUCUGGGGUGAUUGAGUUACUGUGCAGUCUGACUCAGAGUGAAAGUCCUGCUCUGAGGGUAAAUGGCAUCUGGGCCCUGAUGAACAUGGCCUUUCAGGCCGAUCAGAAGGUGAAGGUGGAGAUUGUCCGGUGUUUGGGCACAGAGCAGCUCUUCCGUCUCCUAUCCGACCCCGACGCCAACGUGCUGAUGAAGACCCUCGGUUUGCUGCGCAAUCUGCUCUCAACGCGCCCGCACAUUGACCAGAUCAUGAGCUCUCAUGGGACUCAGAUCAUGCAGGCGGUGACCCUGAUCCUGGAAGCUGAGCACAGCAUAGAGGUCAAAGAGCAGACGCUGUGCAUCCUCGCCAACAUCGCAGACGGGAACACAGCCAAGGAACUCAUCAUGACAAAUGAUGACAUGCUCCAGAAAGUUAAAUACUACAUGGGACACUCCAACGUGAAGCUGCAACUCGCCGCCACCUUCUGUGUCUCAAACCUGAUCUGGAAUGAGGAGGACGGUUCUCAGGAUCGCCAAGACAAGCUGAGGGAGAUGGGUUUUGUGGAUGUUCUGCACAAACUGACGCAGUCAACCGAUCCCAACCUCAGCGACAGGGCGAAGACAGCGUUGCAACAGUACCUAGCAUGACUACAGUGGGCAGCGAUCCUCUACUGCCAGCCUAACUAACAAUCAUCUGGAGGACGCCUGCUGUUUCCUUUUUGGGUUUACUUUUGGUUUAAUAUUGAGACUUGCACAAAGACACCUUUGUUUUUCUUGGAGCUGGGGCCCACAUUUCUGCUGCCUCCCAGCCUCAGCGGUUCUACUCAGCCCUUACUUUUUCCCGGAGGAAGGCUCUGAGAGUGCGGUUCUUGGAAACGUUGGGGAAGUUUUUUAGUUUUUUCUGGUUUUUUUUUAGGCUGAAUCUUUUUGGAGUUUGGUGACAUCAGAUUCCCGAAGUGCAGUCGACCGAGACCUGCACCACUCGUGACUUUUUUUGGACUCCUGUUGGUGAACUUUCUAAUGCCAGAGACGCUCAGUGCUGUUGGACAGGAGAGCUUCCUGGUUUUCUUUUGGAAUUUUGGAUAAUUAUUGCUGUUAAUAUUAAUGUCUACCUAAGGCAUCAACUAGAAGGAUAUAUUUGGAAGAAAUGCCUAUUUUGAAACUUUGGGUGUUUUAUUUUUUUGUGGACAUAUACCUCGUAAAUAUGAAUAUAAAUAUAUAUAUAUAUAUAUAUAAAUUUAAACAUAAAUAUAUAUUUUUGGAUUCUUAUGUUUUCCUUUCUCUGCCCAUUGACUUCAUCUGUUUCCUCUUCACCAAGAUUCUCAGCACAGUCGAAACUGCAGCCUGAUUUUUAACACGUUUUAACCCUGAAUUUUGUCUGCAGGGGUAGAAAAUGAAAACAAAUAUAAUGAUCCAGAUUUCUAAGUUUCUGUUUUGUGGCCAUGAAGAGGCUGCCACCUCGGUCCAGUGUCCUUACAGUCCCCAUGGGAAAUGUAGUUCCAGAGCUGGUAGGGCUUAAUCUGAUCUGCUCCGUUAUUAUUGAACAAGGUUAGGAUUUGCUGUUACUAUCUCUGUAGCACCCCCCACCCCCCACACUCCUUGCUCUGUGUGCUUGUCAGAAUAGAUACAUGAACUGAGGAGAUGGAAGGGUCACCAUCCGCAGCACCAGAAUCAAGCACUUCUGAGAACGUUAGGCUCUGGUGUGGAACCUCUCCUCUAUUCAGGAUGGUCCUAGUGUUGCUCUAUGACAUUUCAAACCUUACUGAAGUUCUGAUAGAAUGAAUGUUAUAAAUGAAAAUAUAUGCAGACCUGCAGAAGGAUUA